CUCGCUUCCGGCGGCCGCGAUGGUGGAGCAGGGAGGCGGCGGCGGCGCCAUGAGCUUCCUCAAGCGCUUCCCGCCACCCGCCGACGGCGUCCGCCACCAGCAGCAGGACACGGAGGCGCUGCUGGCCGGGCGCAGCCUGGGCACCGGCACCCUCUACAUCGCCGAGAGUCGUCUGUCUUGGCUGGAAAACUCGGGAGUUGGCUUUUCCUUGGAUUAUCCCACCAUUAGUUUACACGCUGUCUCCAGGGACCUGAGCGCCUAUCCAAGGGAGCACCUGUACGUCAUGGUGAAUGCCAAGUUUGAAGAGGAGACGAAAGAGGCUCCCAUGACUGAAGGGGAGGAGGACGACAGUGAUGAUGACGUUGAACCGAUUGCCGAAUUCAGAUUUGUACCAAGCGACAAAUCAGCCUUGGAGGCCAUGUUUUCAGCUAUGUGUGAAUGCCAGGCCUUGCACCCAGACCCGGAGGAUGAGGAUUCGGACAACGAUUACGAAGGGGACGAGUACGAUGUUGAGGCCCGUGAGCUGGAACAAGGUGACAUCCCGAGCUUUUACACAUACGAAGAAGGAUUGUCACAUUUAACUGCAGAAGGCCAGGCCACGCUGGAGAGGUUAGAAGGCAUGCUAGCCCAGUCUGUCAGCACUCAGUACAACAUGGCUGGAGUGAGAACAGAGGACUCAAUAAGGGAGUUUGAAGAUGGGAUGGAGGUGGACAUAGCACCAGUAGUUGCCGGGCAGUUUGAAGAUGCCGAAGUCGAUCACUGAGGGGGACAGGUGCAACUAUUCCUCUUGUGGCACUUCCAGAAUAAGCUGUAAAACCGAAGGCAUUGCAGUGACUAUCGGGAGUUAACGUUUCUUUUAAUGACCUAAGUUUAGACAUCUAGGUCUAUAAAUGCUUGUAGAGAUGUUUAUAACAGGGUUUGACAUUUGUGACCACUAUGGGGUUAUUUAAAAAAACAAAAUAAACAAAACAAUAAAACCUCUUGCAUCUAACACUUGAAUGGGGCUAAUCAGGGGUCAUUUCAUAGAAUCACRGAAUGAUUUUGGUUGGAACAGACCUUAAAGAUCAUCUGGUACCAACCCCACCUGCCAUGGGCAGGGAUGCCAUUCAGUAGGGUUGCUCAGGACCCCAUCCUAACCUGGCUGUGAACACUUCCAGGGAUGGGGCAGCCAGUCUUUCUGAGCAACCUCUCUGGCCUUUCAAAGAAGCCUUUGUAGGAAUUGUYGGACUUCAGAAAUAAAACUGUAAGUAGAUCAGAAUUUUAGACUGUCCUAGAAUUUUCCUUAUUUUUUUACCUGUCAUCGACUCUGUGGAGUAAAAUGGAAAUAAAAAUGUUGCAACUAAAAGGAAAUAGGGCUGGCCAAGGAUUGAAAGAAAAGCUAAAUUAAAAGCCCCUCAAGUAACUGGCUUUAUCAUUUCAGUGCUAUCCCUUUCAUUUCUCUGAGAGCUGAGCUUGGGUGGUAGAGGAGAAGGAAUAAAAUCUGUAAGGUCCAGGCAAAGAGAAUUGUAUUGUGUCUUUGU